CAAGGUGAUGCCAGCUUGAUCCAGCGCCAUGUCCAGGUACCUGAAGCACUUCACGGUGGUGGGGGAUGACCCCGUGCAGUGGAGCAACGACUAUCAGAAAUGGGAGGAGGAGGAGGGAGCUGGGGAGAACGGGGAGAAGCAGCCAGAUUCGGAGAUCAAGCUGGAGCCCACCAGGAGCCACGUCACCUUCCAGGACAUGAUGAAAAAGCUCUUCAGCUCCCACAGGUUUCAGAUCCUGGUUGUCUGCUUGGUCAUCCUGGAUGCCUUAUUGGUCCUCGGGGAAUUGCUUAUGGACUUGAAAAUCAUCCACCCGGACAAAUAUAAUAUAACUCCAAAGGUUUUCCACUACCUCUCCCUUUCCAUUUUAACCAUUUUCCUGGUUGAGGUGGGAUUUAAAGUCUUUGUCUACCGCCGGGAGUUCUUCCGCCACAAGUUCGAAGUGCUGGACGGGAUCGUCGUCAUCGUGUCGUUCAUCCUCGAUGUCAUCCUCAUCUUCAGGGAGCACGAGUUUGAAGCCGUCGGGCUCCUGAUACUCCUGCGGCUGUGGCGGGUGGCCAGGAUUAUCAACGGCAUCAUUUUAUCGGUGAAGACGCGCUCUGAACAACAAGUGGCCAAGCUAAAGCAAGCGAAUGUGAAACUUGCAACGAAGGUCGAACAACUGGAACACAGCUGUGCAGAGAAGGAGCAAGAAAUCGAGAGGCUUAACAAGAUCUUAAAACAGCACGGGCUCAUCAGCGAACACAAAUAG